AUGUCUCGCCCCGGGACUGCUGGGUGGGAGGAGGAGGACGAGGAGAUGCUCACUCCGGUGGACGGGCUGGACCGGCGCUAUUCCCAUAGUUUGUACCACGACACCGGGAUUGCACCGGAGCAGAGCCCGGACUCGUACGCCAACCAACAAGCCGUCAACCACGGCGCGGCCUCCACGGAUAACCUCCAGGCGGCCGUCGGGACGGGGUACGGGGGUCAGUACCCGCCCUACGAGCCGCAGCCGCCGUUCCGGGCGGUGGAGCCGUACGGGGUCCCUCGUCCCGAGUCCUACCUGCCCGCCAGGAGCCUCGAAAUCCCCCAGGCUGUCCCUGAUAGCCAAGCUCGGGUCAGCGUGGGCAGCGUCUACAGGCCCAGCCACGGUGGACGGGGUCUCCCCGACUUGGUGCCGGACCCCAACUAUGUGCAGGCGUCCACCUACGUGCAGAGAGCUCACCUGUACUCGCUGCGCUGCGCCGCCGAGGAGAAGUGCCUGGCCAGCACUGCCUACACCCCCGAAGCCACCGACUACGACGUGCGGGUGCUGCUGCGGUUUCCCCAGCGGGUGAAGAACCAGGGCACGGCCGAUUUCCUGCCCAGCCGGCCCCGGCACAGCUGGGAGUGGCACAGCUGCCACCAGCACUACCACAGCAUGGAUGAGUUCAGCCACUAUGACCUGCUGGAUGCCACCACGGGCAGGAAGGUGGCCGAGGGCCACAAGGCCAGUUUCUGCCUGGAGGACACCACCUGCGAUUUCGGCAACCUGAAGCGCUACGCCUGCACCUCCCACACCCAGGGCUUGAGCCCGGGUUGCUAUGACACCUACAACGCCGACAUCGACUGCCAGUGGAUCGAUAUAACGGAUGUGCAGCCGGGCAACUAUGUCUUGAAGGUUCAAGUGAACCCCAAAUACAUCGUCCUGGAGUCAGACUUCACCAACAACGUGGUGAGGUGCAACAUCCACUACACCGGACGCUACGUCUCCACAACAAACUGCAAAAUUUCCCAAUCUUGAUGGGAGCAGGGCCAGAAGGAUGUCACCUGCCUCAGCCUCUGUCCCCUCUUCAAAAAGAAAGCCUGAGCUCCUCUGCCCCACCAGAGACCCUGGAGCCCACCAGCAGCUCCUCGAGACACAGACUGCCCCCCCUGCCCCGAAAAACCCCCCAUGCCUUCACAUUAAAAGGAGGGGAAGCCAGAAUGACUCUUUGAAAUUUUUUUUAUACUUAACUGUUCUUUAAUCUUAGUUUUUUACCAUUUCCUGAGGGGAUCCAAUGCUGGGUUUUAGCUGGAAUAAAGGCAGGGACCCAUAAGUGCUGUAUAAUGAUGUAAAUGCAUACUAGCUCUGUAGUCCUUAACCCCUUUGGCUUUUUUUUUUGGGGGGGGGAGGGUCUCUGGCCAUGCCAUGUUUCCCCAGGGGGAAGAAGACAGCCUGGAUUUGGAGCUGCUGCCCCAGGAAGGAUACUUGGCCCCUCUUUUUGAGGUGGCUGCCACGCCAGGAUGCUCCAGGUACUUUUGGGACUGAAGGUGCUGGAAAUCCCAUCACCUUUAAUGGAGAAAUCUCUCUGUCUGCCCAGCUUUUAUAAACACAGAGAGUCCUUGAGAUGACUGGAAAGCUUGAUUUAUUAUUUUUAUUAUUGUU